ACAUUUAUUAGAAACGGCAAGACUUUUCUUAUACACGUGAAAGCACCCACUGGAGAUUAAUCAAAGUUCAAAUCCCAGCUUCCACACACAACUCCACUCCUAUAUAUAGCAGCAGCACUGUAAAAUAGUGGAAAUACAUACAAGUAGCGGCAAAGUAGAGCUAGCUAAAUCAUGAAAAUGAAUAAGAAGAUGGCUGGCUUGUUUAUAAGCAUCAUGAUGAUGAUGAUAAGCCUUUCUAGUGGAAGUUCAGCAAGCAAAGCAUUGGGAGUUUAUGAGGUGAAGAGAGGCAACUUCUCAGCUAAAUUUACCAACUGGGGAGCUACUCUCAUCUCCCUCCUUGUUCCUGACAGAUAUGGAAAUAUGGCAGAUGUUGCUCUUGGUUAUCAGUCUGUUUACGAGUAUACGAAUGAUACAUCCUACUUCGGUUCAAUUGUCGGACGGGUAGCUAACCGGAUUGGAGGAGCUCAAUUUACUAUUGAUGGAAUUCAUUACAAGCUCAAACCUAAUGAAAAGAAUAACAUGUUACAUGGCGGAGUAAUAGGAUUCAGUGAUGUUUUAUGGAAGGUAACAAAGCAUGAGAGUGACAGAAUUUCAUUCUCUUAUCACAGUUGCGAUGGUGAAGAAGGAUUCCCGGGGGAUCUUGAAGUUUCGGUUUCAUAUGCAAUUGUUGCACCAUAUGUACUUAGCAUUAGAAUGAGAGCAAAAUCGCUAAACAAGGCAACUCCAGUGAAUCUAGCACAGCAUACUUACUGGAACAUUGGAGGCCACAACUCUGGUGACGUUUUAUCUGACGUGAUCCAGAUAUAUGGAUCUCAAUAUACGCCCACAGACGAUAAUCUCAUCCCCACAGGGAAACUUGUAUCCGUCAAGGGCACACCAUAUGAUUUCCUUGAACCCCAGACCAUUGGAAGCAGGAUAGCCCAGUUGCUACCACUUAGAGGCUAUGAUAUGAAUUAUGUACUUGACGGAGGCAAGAAAAUGAAGCUUGCCGCGAGAGUGUACAAUGAGAAAAGUGGGAGGGUAAUGGAGCUAUCAACCAAUGUACCAGGAUUGCAGUUUUAUACUGCUAAUUAUGUACAAAACGUGACUGGAAAAGGCGGGUUUGUGUAUCAACCCCAUUCGGCUUUGUGUUUGGAGAGUCAAGGGUUCCCUGAUUCAGUAAAUCACCCAAACUUCCCUUCACAGAUUGUUAGGCCUGGAAAGACAUACAAGCACAACAUGGUGUUUACAUUUUCGACGAGGUGAGAAGUGGCGUAAAAGCAGUGUCAUAUUUGUUUUAGUUUGUUUCUUGCUCCUGUACUAGCACCGGUUUUCCAGAAUUCUGCCCUUUUAUCUGUUUAUCCUACCCGGGAGAUUGUAAUGCAUUGGUUGGCUGGCUGGUUUGAGAUGCUGAACAUCACAUCAUGAAGAUGUGUAUUUUUUAGCCUUUCAAACCAGUUUAAUUAGCCAAAUUCCUUCAACAUGUAAUCAGCUGGAAGCCGCAUUACAAUUUACAACCAAUUAAUCAAAUAAUACUGAAGGUUUGUACUAAAUUAUGUGUACAAAUUCCUUUAUUCAUUUCA